AUGAUCAAGGAAACCCCGAAGAUGCAUGUUGGAGCCUCUGAUCUGAAGGCGGCCGGUAUCCGUCACUUGCCUCUAGACAUUACAAACGGGAAAAAUACUCAAAAUCACCCGCGCUUCUUCCAACCAUUUCAAGAAGAACUGCCUCUCCCUGAGAACGAGGGAAAGUUGCUGGAGUUCGAGCCCCAUCUGGAUCGCAUCAUGUGGGAGACUCGAGAUAUGGAGCUCUUCCUCACCAAGCACUUUUACAAGUGCGGGAGAUAUGCAGCGCUAAAAUACCCCCAUAACCCCCCGCCUUCUGGUGGAUAUAGAGAGAUUGGGGAUUACAAGUUCGGCCAACUGCUGGAGGCUACAGGGUUUAACUGGUAUGCCGUAUCAGUAACCGACUAUUGGACGGGCAAUUAUCCACACUUCAAAGUCAUGUUGGAAAGUGACGCCAUCGGAGACGAGAACAAGCUGCUUCGUGGGGAGAUUAUGACCAUCACCGAUAUCAUGGCUGCGAGGCUGAGGACAAAGUCGCUGCGCCCGCAUAUUGUUGCCCCAAUCCUGGUGGUGUCUCUCAUGGGUCCCCGACAUGCCCGCGUGCUGGAAGCGGAUUACGAUGGGAAGACUCUGAACAUUCGCGCGUCUAAGCUCUACGAUUUCACGAAAAAGAACACGGAUGCUGCGCAAUUGCUAACGCGGUAUUGGCUAGGUGGUGCUUGUGGACAGACUGAGAUGGAACCAUCUUAA